AUGUCUUCCUUGCAACUGAUUGUUAUUCUUCUUGGAUUAUCUGUUUCGAAGGCAACCGAUCUAUGUUCCAGUCAGUAUGGAGGAUCAUGUGUUAACAAAUAUUUCAAUAGAUGUAUGUCUGGGCACUACUACUCUACAACAGGCUGUAGUGGGAGCGAGGAGAUCUGCUGUAUACCUCCAAGCCGUGUACCAACACAAACAAUACAGCCAGGUGAGUGUGGCAUACAAACAAACGGAGGAACCAACAGGAUCGUGGGCGGAACUCCGGCAGCUGUAGGGGAAUUUCCCUGGCAGGUGUCUAUGCAGUCACAUGGCCAGCACGUGUGCGGAGGGAUUUUGAUUGCUGACCAAUGGGUGCUUACGGCUGCUCACUGCUUCCGCGAAAACAAGAAUCCUUUUGCCUGGACAGUUGUGCUAGGAGAACACGACCGAGCUUUUCUAGAAGGAUACGAAAAACUGGAAAGGGUUGAAACACUUUUCAUUCAUUCCCAGUUUGACGAAACAUCGUUCACUAAUGAUAUUGCCAUUGUGAAACUAGGUGACAGAAUCAACAUCGAUGGACAGUAUGUCCGGUCAGUGUGUCUACCUGGCAUUAACACCACCUUCGACAACAUGAUCUGCACCAUUACUGGCUGGGGUGCUGCAUAUAACGGAGGUCACGGUACGCAUGCGCUAUACAAAGCAGAUCUUCCGUUGAUAUCUAACCAGGUUUGUUCCUAUCUGAUGGACAGAACGAUCCCAGAAACAGAGAUAUGUGCUGGGCAGAAACACGGAGGGGUCGACAGCUGUCAGGGUGAUUCCGGUGGACCAUUAGUCUGUCUAAAAAAUGGUAAAUGGAACGUGGUUGGUAUAGUUUCCUGGGGUUAUUCGUGUGCACAGGCGUACACCCCUGGAGUUUACACCCGUGUCCAAUCCUACCUUACAUGGAUUUAUCAAGUGAUGUCGUCAUACGGAGCUGCUGCUGUUCUUGGGUGA